CGUUAUCAAUAAUAGCCCUAGCAUGCUUACUCAGUAUUUCUCAAAUCUAAGCCUAUGACACGUUACAUGUAAUUAAUCGAGAUAGACAUAUUGGCUCAUACAGCCAACAUAUUUUAUUUUAAAGUUAAUUCAUUUAUGAUUGAACCUACAGACCUAAGCCAAUUAAAGAUCAGUUAUGUAUGUGAUGUUUGCAAGUUUACAUCAAAAGAUAGUGUGGUGAUGAUAUCACAUUCAAGAACACACUCUGCUGAAUGCGAUAAUACAUUAUCUGAAGGAACAGAUGAACAAUUUGUUAACAAUAACCCUAGGAAGAAAUCAAAGAGUAUUGAGAAAGAGCAAAAUAAGAGAAACAAUAAUUGUAAUUCUGGAGUUGAAUACCAUGGUGAGAAUGGAUCAGUUACCCCAUGUAAUGAAAUGGAUGAAUGUGAACAAAUUAACAAAGUAUUUCAACAAAGUGAAAAUUCCAUGUUGGAUAAAAAUGAAGAUGUUAAGAAAGCUAUUUCAAGAAAAAAUAAAAAAGUGCGACGAAAUCAUUUAGCCUUAGUUAAGACUUCAUUGAGAGAUAAGAAAAAUGAAAUACAGACAACAAAGGAAAAUAACAUUGAACUGAUUUCUCAUGCUUGUGAAAAUUGUGGGAAAACUUUUAGAUGUGAAAGACUGUUUAAGAAACACAAAUGUAGCCUUAAUUCUGGUACUCUUUCUCAAAGUACAUUGCAAACAAAGGAAAUACAGAAACAAACAUCAAAUCAUGAAGUUGAGAUUAACAAAGAGGUGGUGACAGGAAACGAAGAUGAACUAGAGCAAGAAAUACUUAACUCGAAACCAAUAAGUUACAAAUUCGUGUGCAACAUUUGUACACAUAGAUUCAAGCAGAAAAAGGAACUUGUUGUUCAUGAAAAGAGGUGCCGUUCUGAGAAAUCUAGACCAGGAAUAAUGUGUGAAUAUUGCCAGGAGAUUGUGUGGGGUGGGCAGAGUAGGUAUAUACGUCACGUUGCAAGGCAUACUGGAACAUUUCAGUUCACCUGUGGCCAUUGUGGGAAAGGCUUUCAUGACAAUUCUUCUCUAAAGUUGCACUCAUUGGUUCAUGAAUGUGCAGUAGUAUCAGAAACCAACAAUAAGAAGUUAUCGUAUCAAUGUGAUGAGUGUGAUUAUGUGUCUGCAAAGAUCAGCCAAAUCACCCGGCAUAAACGUGAGCAACACCGAAAAUACAAAAACUGGAGAGAAGUUCCUGUAGAAAAACGUGGUUACGAAUGUGAAAUAUGUGGACAAUUCUUGAAGGGUUAUUAUAGUAAUUAUAUUCGACAUGUACGCAGACACACGGGAGAACGUCCAUUUCCAUGUGAAAUAUGUGGUGCGUGCUUUAUUCAUUUAAAUGCACUUCAACAGCAUCAAACUCGUCAUUCAGGGAAAAAGCCGUGUCUAUGCGAAAUCUGUGGUAAAUCUUUCAUAUAUAGCUCAGCCUUAAAGCGUCACAAAGCUAUCCACAGUGUUGUCAAGGAUUUCACGUGUGAUAAAUGUGAUUACCGAACCACAACCAAGAAUGCAUUGAGGAUUCAUGACCGCAGAGUACAUAUUAAAGAACGAAAGUUUCCAUGUGAAUUCUGCGAGCUUAGUUUCUUCAACGAUGGCGAGCGAAAACAGCACACGCUUAAUUGGCAUACAAAGGAAGCAUGGAAGUGUUUUAUGUGUGAUGAGGUUUUUAAUUUUAAACGCAACUUGAAUGGACACAUUGCCAAAGUACAUCCAGAGUAUAAACAUCUACACUGCGAAUUCUGCAACUUCAAGGCCAAGAGACCGUACCGUCUAAAGGCACAUUUGAAAACCCAUUUUCAAUCUGAGAGGCCUACUAAAGCUAAAACCCAAAAAUGCUCAUGGAAUUGUAAGGACUGUGAUUUCACUGGCAUUUCAAGGGAUAGCUUCAUCUGUCAUAUGCAGCAAGUGCACAGUAUGAAUAUUCAAGAGAAAUCCACUGAUGAUCCUGAUCUGCACAUUGAUAUUAUUCAGGAAUACACCCCUACUACAACUGUGGAUUCUUCCAUGGUGUUGGUUGCUGUGGCACCAAGUACAACUGAAGGUGAUAUUCAAAGGAAUGAGGUUGAUCAAGAUGAAAUGAGGAAGGAAGAGGGGAAUGCAGCGGUAGACUCACUGAUUGCUGCCUUAAAUGAAGACAUUAUUCAAAGUGACAUUGGUGCUGUGGUAGUGAUUCAAAAUACAUGAUCUUUAUGGAACGCUUAAAUGAUAAACCAAAAGUGGCGCAGUGCAAAAUUCAAGUGGCGGUGCAAAAUUCAAGUGGUGCAGUGCACAAAUAUAGAGACACAGUGCAAAACUAAGUGGCACAGUAAAAAAAAACUACAGUGGCACAGUGCAAAACUAAAGUGGCGCAGUGCAAACUCAACCACUUGACUUUUGCACCGCACCACUUUUGUAUGUCCUUUAGGUGUUCCAUAGAUCUUAUGUGCACAUUUUGAAACUGUAUUUCGAAAUGUGCACUAUUUGGUUCUUAGACACUGUCUGUCUCUUUUUUUGCAUAUAUUUAUAAAUUUAGUGGUAGAUAGUCCCUUUGAUUACCUAACUAUUCACAAGUGAAGAAAGUGUCUUCAUCAUCAUUUUUUCUAUUAACAAACAUAAAGGAAUUCCUCUGCGCUACGAAGCUUAGUAAUUAAGGAUGUUAAAGCAUUCGAAGCUUGAAGAAAAAAAAGGAAACUUUAUAAAAUAAAGUUUAUCAUUUUAAUUUUUUUUGGGUUAAGACAUUAUUGGGUGUGCUGUAUUAUACUGCCCUAUAAUGGCUGUGGGUUCUGGUGCCACUGCCUUAACUGCUCGGCCAUUCGCCAUUGAUCACAUCAAAUUUGUUUUCUCUCUUUUUACCUUGAUGAUAAUUCUUAUAUGUUGGUGUAAAUUAUUAUGUUGGAACAAAAGUUAAAUAUAUUAUACUUCCUGUAGUAUUUACCUUAUUAUUUGUUUUUUUUCCGUCUCCAUUUUCGUUUUUUAUCCCUAUCUUUUCAAUUUGUACAUCAUAGUAUUUGCUUUGUGCAGUUUAGACUUUCCUUAUGUGGGCCUGUAAUUAACUAAUUCAUCAUUUCUUGAUUAAUUUUAGUGAUUUAAUUUCAUUGAAGAAAUUGUCUUCAUCAUCAUCAUCAUCUUUAUGAGGUUGCAAAUGUUCAAGAAGCUAGAAAUUAAGAAUGUUAUUAAAAUAAAAAAUGAAUACAUUAUA